AAGUUUUCCCAGGCACCUCUGUCACUGCGCCCCUACAAGUGAGUCUGUCUUGUGACCCAGAGACAGGAAACCCACAGAAUGGGAAACGACUCUUCUUCGCCUCCUUCUAAGGUUGUGAAGCAUGGAGGCUGGCUCUGUGGUCCGAGCCAUCUUUGACUUCUGCCCUAGCGUCUCAGAGGAACUGCCGCUCUUCGUGGGAGAUGUCAUUGAGGUGUUGGCCGUGGUGGAUGAGUUUUGGCUUCUGGGAAAGAAGGAAGAUGUUACAGGACAGUUUCCCAGCAGUUUUGUGGAGAUUGUGACGAUCCCCAGUCUGAAGGAGGGAGAGAGUCUGUUUGUUUGCACCUGCGAAUUCACAUCUCGAGAGCUGAACAGUCUUUCUCUCCAUCGAGGAGACCUGGUGGUUCUCGAUGGCGCUCCCACUGCAGGAUGGCUGCAGGGCCGAAGCUGUUGGGGUGCCCGGGGCUUCUUCCCAUCGUCCUGUGUUCGUGAGCUCUGCCUCUCCUCUCAGAGCCGACAGUGGCACUCACAGAGUGCAUCGCUUCAGGUUCCAGAAUACUCCAUGGGACAAGCGCGGGCCCUCAUGGGGCUGUCUGCCCAGUUGGACGAGGAACUGGACUUCAGGGAAGGAGAUCUGAUUACCAUUAUCGGAGUUCCUGAGCCAGGCUGGUUUGAGGGAGAGCUGGAGGGGCGGAGAGGCAUUUUCCCAGAAGGUUUUGUAGAGCUUUUGGGACCCCUGAGGACUGUGGAUGAGUCGGUAAAUUCUGGAGGUGGAGACAGCUGCCUUGCUAAUGGUGAUGUAGACAUCUCCACCAAAGAAACAGAGAGCGGGGCCGACGAGGAUGACCACCCGUCAGGGACCUAUGGACUUGCCCUCUACAGAUUCCAAGCCCUGGAGCCAAAUGAGUUGGAUUUUGAGGUAGGGGAUAAAAUCCAGAUUCUGGGGACCUUGGAGGAUGGCUGGCUGGAAGGACGUUUGAAGGGCAGGACAGGUAUCUUCCCCCACCGCUUUGUGAAGUUAUGUCCCGGCACCAGGACAGAGGAAACCGUGGUUCUGCCCUCGGAAGACAGCCUCCCUAAGAACUCUGACAACCCUGUGGAUGGGUUGGAGACCUCAGUGGUGGAGGAGGCACAACUCGAACCACAGGAGACUGGAACAGACAGGCCUGACUGGGGUCUGUCUGAACAAACUCCUGCUCGCCUAGAUCAUGGGGUCCCUGAGGGUGUUGUAAGUGAGAACUCUGGCCAGGGUGAAGAUGCCUCAGGAAGCUCCCCAGGUGUGGAUCUUGAUAGACCUCUGAUUAAAGCCCCUUCCACACCUGACCCCUCAGAGACAGUCAAUGGCAUUUAUUCCCAGCCUUGGGGACCUUGUCAUCCCCAAAUGCAGAAAAGCCAGCUUUCUUCCACAGCAGGAGAGAGCCGCCAGAGCUCAGACCCGUUCUCUGAGUUUGGCCCUCCUGAAGCCAGGACUAGGAACUACUCCAGCCUGCCUCCCAAAAGAACGUAUGCCCAGGGUAGGUCCCUCCAGAAGUCAGCACCCCCACUUCACAGGGCCUCCUCCCUCGUGGCCUCUAGGAUAGCCAAACCUAGCUACUUAUGCCCUCCGGCUCUAGCCAGCUGUGCUCAGAAGCAUCAAACAUCUGCAGAAAAUGCCUUCAGCCUCUAUUCUGCACCAGAGAGACCAGAGAGGAGGCCUGGGCCGCCAGACAAGGGACCCUCCACAGAAGUAACCACAGCAUCACAGGGGGACAGUGUUGACCUGGAUUCCAAGUUGACCCAGCAGCUGAUAGAGUUUGAGAAGAGCCUGUCCGGGCCCAGCACAGAGUCAGAUAAAAUUGUACGCCGCUUUUCAAUUAUGGACUUUAACUCUGAGAAGGACAUUGUCAGAGGUUCCUCAAAGUCGGCACCAUCACAGGAUCUCCCAGAGAAGAAAAAGGCCCUGAGGCCACCCCCACCCAGGCCCUGUACCCCAACACCCACCUCUUCACACUUGCUGGUUGACCAAAGCUCCAAACCAGCACCCCCCUUGGCUGUGCGGCCCUCCCGCCCAGCUCCCCUGCCUCCUCCUGCGCAGCAGAGGAUGAAUACAGCCUCCCCCAAGCCCACCUUCUGUGCCAGUUGGGAGGCCCCAGAGAAGGAGGGUCCUGAGCACGUGGAGCAGGGCCCAGCCCAGACUUCUCCGUGCCCCUCUGUGUUGGCGAGGAUUCAGGACGUGGAACACGACUUGGACAUGUACACCAGGGCUCAGGAAGAGCUGACUUUGAUGUUGGAGGACAAGCAGGAUGAAUCGCUGAGGGCAGAGACUUUGGAGAAUCUCAAGUUCUAUGAGAACACCAUUCAGAGUCUGAACCUGGAGCUCCAGCAGCUGAGAGGUAAGUGACAGGAAACCGUGA